CGCUCUGUAUUCUCUCUCUUCUUUCAAUUCGUUCGAGUCUCUGCAUCGUCUUCUUCGUUAACUACCUCUGAAACCUUUGUAGAGAGAGAUUGAGAGAGAGAAAGGAAAGAAGUUUGCUUGAAGAGACAAGAUGGAUCAACAACGGUAACAAUAUCGAAUCUUGCAGAGCAGCUGAGAGAUUGUCAAAUUCGAUUCCAACAGGACUGAGCCUCCGUCUCCUUCUUCUCCUCAACCUCUAAUCUCACUUCUUCAAGCCCAGCCGCCUGUCUCUCGUCUAGCCUGGUGGAAUCUCUUCCGUCGACCACGCCGUCGCCGCCUUCUGAUGCACCACGCCAUCCCCCCUUCCGAUCCAGCAUGCCGUCCCCCCUUCCGAUCUAGCACGCCGUUGCUGGACUUUCUUCUGCCGCCACCACCAGAGUAUGAUUCCUUUUUUCUCCAUUUUUCUUUCCUUUGCCGCUUCUAGCUUGUACCAAUUCGUUGCCGACAAACGAGAUUUGAAGUUUCUUCAUCAUCGGAACUAAAGUGGUACUGUCAAGAAUUAUGAUUCGGUGAAGAUGUUAUCUAGGCGUUUGAGGCGGUGAAGAUAAAGCCUUGAGAUUGUCCAUUAGUUGCUCAGAACAGUGGUCAACUUUGUCCCCUAUGCAUGAAUUUGAUUAUCUUCAAGAACGACAUUCUCCAUGCCACCAACCUUUAUUCUUCUAAAAUUUUUGGACCUGCUUCGAGUCUGAGACAUGUGGUUUCGGACAUAGAAGGAAUGAUUCCAUCUGCGUACCAAACGCCCCUUGUAAGACUAUCUAAUGCAGUGCGCUCCUCGCUUGUUUAACCCUAGAUUUAAGCGGCGCAGCCUCUCUUCUUCUUCGGUUCUUGAUCUUCCGCGUUCUCUUCUUCUCCAUUCUUCACCGCAGCCUCUUCGGUUCUUCCGCGUUCCCGCCGUUGUUUUCGUGCAAGGGAUCUUCCCAAAGCUGUUCAAGCUGCUUAUCAUUUAAUACCCUAUUUUAUUUUCUGUCCUCAAGAAGGGCGAAGUUGCAAAGUUGAUUUCAUCUCUCUCUUUUAUUCUUCAAGGUUUACAGACAAUGGAGUUUAGAGAAAUGACUUGGAAAGCAUACUAUUAUAUUUCUCAAAUUGGAAAUUUUGUGCUUCAACUUCUAUGGCAUAUUCUACAUCUCAUUGUCAGCAUAUACUACUUUGUGGUUGGAAUAGCUCAUGUACUUGAAAGCAAUCUUAUCUCUAGUGGGCUGUGGAAGAAGUACAAAGCCUUCAAUGGAGGCAAAGUGCGGUACCUGGCCAUUGUCGUAGAAAGUGAAGAAGCUUACCAAACAUCAAGGAUUAUCAAGCUUUUAUUGUGGCUAGAAGCUAUUGGCGUGAAGUAUAUUUGCCUUUAUGAUGCAGAAGGAGUAAUGAAGAAAUCAAAGGACGCCAUCUUGGAGGAAUUGGACAAUGUUACAAUAUUUGAGGAAGCUGUUGAAAAGGAUAAGUUAGUUAGCCAGAACUGUAUGACUCUGGAAUUUGCUUCAUUGGCUGAUGGGAAGGAAUCUGUCAUUAAAGCAGCUAACUUACUUUUUGAAAAGUAUAUGAAAUUGGCCGAUUUGGAUGGAGAUCAGGAAGAGAAAGUAUUUACUGAAGCAAAAAUGGCCAACGCAUUGAAAGCUAUUGGAUGCAGUGGGCCAGAACCUGACCUCCUAUUAGUCUAUGGAUCUGCAAGAUGCCACCUAGGUUUCCCUGCUUGGAGAAUUCGAUAUACUGAGAUUGUACAUAUGGGAUCAUUGGCAUACAUGAGAUAUGGUUCCCUAGUUAAAGCCAUUUAUAAGUUUACCAUGGUGCGCCAAAAUUAUGGUAAAUGAUUCGUGCCCUAAGACGUGAUCAUUUUGGAGAACUUGUGCAAAGAGAAGAGAUGCACAUCAAUGCAAAGUUCACGGUUUCUGAAUUUGCUGUAUAUCUGUACGUUUCAUUGUAUACAACCUCAACUGUAUUCUGCCAAGUUAUAAAUGUAAAACCCAUUGUCGAACAAACAGAUCCUUCGCAGAGGGAAAGGGGGAAAAACUAAAUGAGAAUUCAGACUGAACUAUUAUUCUUGUGGAUUGACGCAUAAAUGAAUAA